AUAAUAAGAGUCGAAUCGGCCGCGUGUGCCGUGGUGGUCAACGAACUGACUUUUAAAAAGAAUGGCGCCACGAAGAAAGCAAGACGAACCGCUGCAGCUUCGCAUGCGUUUUAGAAGUCCAGUUACCACGGUACAGCUCGGUACUUUAGUCACUGAAGUAAUUAAGCAUGUCCUGUACGACAGAGAGCGGUUACCGAUGCCAUUCGACCAGUUCAAAAUGUUCCUACGUGACACUUGGUCAAAGCAUUCGCUCUCCGAGGAUGUGAAGGCGGCGCAGCGAUUCUCGCUCCACAAGCAACGCAGAGCAGCGGCAUCGUUCAGCAACAUGGACCGCACGCUCUCCACCAUCUCCAGCAUGGUCCAGCAGAACCAGGUCCACGAGAUCCGCGUCCUGAUCGGAUCAACCUUCGUCACUCCCCGUGAGCAGUAUUCCAUCAGGGUCCCGCACCACACUACCUGCAACGACUGUGGAAGCGAACGCGGCCUCCGCCAGUGCCUGCUGGACAUGUUGAAUACCAUCAUCAACAGCAGCGCCGACCACGCUCGACUGCCCCCGUCGGCGAAGGUGUCGACGUUCUUGCGGACGAACCGUCGCCAUGUCGUCGACGACGAGAUGGAGAUCCAACCGAAUUUCCGCAUUCCGCGGAGAGGGAAGGUUGUGGAGUUUGAUUUCCUGUUGAAGAACUGUCCUCACUCCGCAGAGAGUGGAUCACGAUGCAGCAGCGACGAGUUUCUGUCUCAGAACGAGAGUUCGUUGGAGUACGGACAUGGAGCGACGUCAGCGGAUGGCGCUGACGCAGUUGUUUGGGUCCAGUUUAAGAAUGUGUUUUCGACGAUUGACAUUCGGACCUUUCGGCAAGGCUGUGCGGUAUUGUGACAGGUUGAAUGUGUGCUUAACAUGACUGAACUGUUAGGAUGCAUAAAAUGUUGCCAACUUCUAGUGCCAAAUUACUGCCAUACUGUUUGUAACUGUCAAUGUGAUAAUAGGAUUGGUACGGGAACAAGAUGGGGUACGUUAAGGAUAAAAAUAUUACGUCAUUUCAAAUGG